ACACUCCAGAUUGCUUCUUCUCCCCCAUCGUCAGUCUCAGUCUGCACAAAACCUAAAACCUUGUUCCGCUCAAGAUUUCUGAACUAAGAAAUGGGGAUAAAGGGUUUGACGAAGCUUCUAGCUGACAAUGCACCCAAGGCAAUGAAGGAGCAGAAAUUCGAGAGCUAUUUCGGUCGCAAGAUCGCCAUUGAUGCCAGCAUGAGCAUCUACCAGUUCCUUAUUGUGGUGGGAAGAAGUGGAACUGAAAUGCUCACUAAUGAAGCUGGUGAAGUUACCAGUCAUCUACAAGGCAUGUUCACUCGCACUAUUCGACUACUUGAAGCUGGGAUUAAACCUGUCUAUGUGUUUGAUGGGCAGCCUCCAGAUUUGAAAAAGCAAGAGCUGGCAAAACGUUACUCAAAGAGGGUAGAUGCUACAGAGGAUUUGGCAGAAGCCAUGGAGGCAGGCAAUAAGGAAGACAUUGAAAAAUUCAGCAAGCGCACAGUCAAGGUGACAAAGCAGCACAAUGAAGACUGUAAAAAACUUUUAAGACUUAUGGGUGUCCCUGUGAUAGAUGCUCCUUCUGAAGCAGAGGCUCAAUGUGCUGCACUUUGCAAGUUGGAAAAGGUUUAUGCAGUAGCUUCUGAGGACAUGGAUUCUUUAACCUUUGGUGCUCCUAGAUUCCUUCGCCACCUGAUGGAUCCUAGUUCAAGAAAAGUCCCUGUAAUGGAGUUUGAAAUUACAAAGAUGCUUGAGGAACUGAAUCUUACUAUGGAUCAAUUUAUUGACUUAUGCAUUCUUUCUGGAUGUGAUUACUGUGACAGCAUUCGAGGCAUUGGGGGACAGACAGCACUAAAGCUAAUCCGUCAGCAUGGCAGUAUAGAGAAUAUACUGGAGAAUAUAAACAAAGAUAGGUAUCAAAUACCUGAAGAAUGGCCUUAUCAAGGGGCUCGACAACUUUUUAAGGAACCAUUAGUCCAUACUGAUGAUGAACAACUUGAUCUUAAGUGGACUGCUCCAGAUGAGGAAGGAUUAAUUGCCUUUCUGGUGAAUGAAAAUGGCUUCAAUAGUGACAGAAUAACAAAGGCGAUAGAGAAAAUCAAAGCAGCAAAAAACAAGUCAUCACAGGGCCGACUAGAGUCAUUUUUUAAGCCAGUACAGAGCACAUCCGCACCUAUUAAGCGGAAGGAAACACCACAGAACACUCGUAAAGAAACUUCUAAUAAAAAGUCAAAGGUUGUUGGUGGUAAGAAAAAGAAGUAAUCAUCAGAUGGAAUACCUGCAUUUUUUCAGGAGGCAGUAUGCCAGCCGAGAUCAUGGAUGCUUGUUUGUCAUGUUAAAGCUAGGAUUUCAUAAUUCUGGGGACAAUUUUUUAUGGUAGAUGGCUUUUUUCCUUUUUCCUUUUUUUGUUUUUUGGGAACGGCAGAUGGUAGAUUGAUGUAAUGUGAAUACCUUUACUGCAGCUAAACAAGUAGGUAAUUUACUGUGAUGUUUGAAUCGAGAUUCUUUCUUUAGGCAUAAACAAUAUUUACAUGUUUUGUGGGCUUAUAUUCCCUCAGUUCCUUUCAACAGCUACCACCCUGAAAUAGCCACGUAUGCCCUCUGUCAUGUUACCUCUCCGAAAUUUUCAAGUUCAUAUGUAAACAUGAAGGCACCCAUUCGGAGCUUUGCUGGUCUUUUCUUCAUUAUCUUG